CACGGCGUAACAUUCAAAAUGUUGUUUUUAUUGUACGUUCAGGCGGGCUUUACGUGCGCCGAGUGAAGCUACUAACAGUAAAGUUAGCCAAAAAUGACAACAUUAACCGACAUUUGGUGACGUUUUGUGGUGUCGGCGCAGCAUUGGCUGCCGUGACGCGAGAAAUUCGGCCGCCAUCUUGAAGUGGUGAUGAGGAGCCUAAACUGACAGUUGACAGAUAGAAGACAAAGAUGCCGGGCUGGUGUUCAGCGUUUUCCUGCUCAAAUGAGCAGACAAGGUGUGGAAGUGAGCAGCCGAGGCAAACAUGGCAGAUCCAGACCCGGAGCCGGCGAAGUCCAGGGCAGGUCACCGUCUGGGAGCCCCGGAGACUCUUGGCAUCAGUACCUUAGACCCGGCACACAGACCCCCGACCAUGCCCCCUGGAAGACAUGUCACCGUGAGCGUCCAUAUGUUGGACGACACCGAGGAACUCUUUGAUGUCUCGAUUAAAGCUUCAGGCAAGGUGCUCUUUGACCUGGUGUGCACCCACAUGAAUCUCAUCGAGGGCGACUACUUCGGCCUGGAGUUUCAGAACCAUCAAAAGAUGAUGGUUUGGUUGGAUCCCAUCAAGCCUAUUAUGAAGCAGCUUAGACGACCGAAGCACACGACGUUGAGGUUUGCUGUGAAAUAUUUCCCUCCAGACCAUGCCCAACUGCUGGAGGAGCUGACCAGGUACCUGUUUGCCCUCCAAAUCAAACAGGAUCUUUCCAGUGGACGUCUGACCUGCAACGACACCAGCGCCGCCCUCAUGGUCUCCCACAUCCUGCAGUCUGAGAUCGGGGACUUUGAGGAGAGUCAGUGCCGGUCACACCUCCUCAACAAUAACUACAUUCCCGAUCAGAUGCCCUUGAUCGACAAGAUCAUGGAGUUCCACUCCAUGAAUAUAGGUCAAACGCCUGCGGAAUCCGACUUUCAGUUGUUAGAGGUGGCGCGCCGACUGGAGAUGUAUGGGAUUCGUCUCCACCCAGCCAAAGACCGCGAAGGGUCCCGCCUGAGCCUCGCUGUGGCUCACACAGGUGUCCUGGUCUUCCAGGGACACACGAAGAUAAACUCCUUCAACUGGUCCAAAGUGCGCAAACUGAGCUUUAAGAGGAAACGUUUCCUAAUAAAGCUGAGGCCCGAUGUGAAUAGUUCUUAUCAAGACACUCUGGAGUUCUUGAUGACCAGCAGGGACUGCUGUAAGGUCUUCUGGAAGAUUUGUGUGGAAUACCACGCCUUUUUCCGCCUCUUCGAGGAACCCAAAGCCAAGCCCAAGCCCGUGUUGUUCACACGCGGCUCCUCCUUCAGAUUCAGCGGUCGCACGCAGAAGCAAGUCAUCGAUUUCGUGAGGGAGUCCGAGUUCAAAAAGCUCCCAUUUGAGAGGAAGCACAGUCGAGUGCAGCACAACAGCCGCCUGUCACCUUUGCCUUCGCCGCGCUCCCACCAAGUGCCGACAGAGAGCGGUGUUACCGGGGACAGACUGGACUCCGCUUCGCCGCACCAUUGGAAGGAAUCCGUCCUGGUGAAUUCCCAAGAAACCUCCCAAGCCCCGGCGAGCCCUCCUCACCAGAACAACAGAUCGCCAGCCAGACAGGAGGAGACCAGGGACUCGACAUGGGUGGCUCACCCGGAACAUCUGGCAACAGGUGCGCUGACGAACAGUCCCUACCUGUCCACGUCUCCCGCACACUCCAACGGGCCGCUUAACGGCCAGAUGUCCUUGGAGGUGGGAAGUCACAGUCCUGACGUCCGCCAGCCGUCCCCGCUCACCAGCCCUCUCCUCAACGACGCCUGCAGCAUCCGCACUGACGAUGAAGACGAGGUUCGGAGGAAGAGGUUUCCCACGGACAGAGCCUACUUUAUCGCCAAGGAGCUGCUGACCACGGAGAGGACGUACGUGAAAGACCUGGAGGUGGUGACGGUGUUCUUCCAGACUGCCGUGGGUGAGGAUGAGGCCACUCCGGACUCUCUCAAGAACACCAUUUUCUCCACUUUUGAGCCGCUGCACAGGUUCCACGUUGGUUUUCUCAGGGAAGUGGAGCAGAGGCUGGCUUUGUGGGAAGGGCGCUCCAACGCUCAUAUUAAAGGAGACUACCAGCGCAUCGGGGACGUUCUGCUGAAGAACCUGCAAGACCUGAAGCCACUCGCCGCCGACUUGCACAAGCAGCGCGACGUUCUGAUGGAGCUGGAAAAGGCCUGCAAGACGUCCCGCAGGCUGGAGGGUCUCUGCAGGGACUUUGAGCUGCAGAAGGUUUGCUACGUCCCCCUCAAUGUCUUCAUCCUGAGGCCCCUGCACCGACUGCUGCACUACCAGCGCAUCCUGGAGCGCUUGUGCAAGCAUUACCCUGCCACUCAUGUGGACUUCAGGGACUGCAGAGCUGCUCUGGCCGACUUGUCUGAGGUGGUGGAGCAGCUCCAAGGGAGCGUCAUGAAGACGGAGAACUUCCAGAAGCUGUUGGAACUAAAGAAGGAUUUGAUUGGCGUCGACAAGCUUGCUGUUCCUGGUCGGGAGUUCAUCAGGUUUGGCUGCCUGAGCAAGCUGUCUGGAAAAGGUCUUCAGCAACGAAUGUUUUUCUUGUUCAACGACGUCAUUUUGUACAGCAGUCGAGGGAUGACGGCCAGCAAUCAGUUCAAAGUUCACGGGCAGCUUCCGCUUCACGGCAUGACAAUCCGAGAGAGUGAAGAUGAGUGGGGUGUUCCUCACGCCUUCACCCUGGUCAGCCAGCGGCAGUCUGUGGUGGUCGCAGCCAGUUCCUUGUCAGAGAUGGCAAAGUGGAUGGAGGACUUGGAGAGGGCGAUAGAAAUGGCGAAAACCAGCAAGGGUCCUUCGUCUGACCUGCUGAGCUGCAGUCUGACCGACAACAAAUGCCCACGGGAGUUCUCAGCGGAGACAGAGUCUGAGGACGACGUGACAGCGUGCCACAGCUCGCCGGAGAGGGCCGCCCCUCAGCGCGGUAACACAAUGGUGCACGUGUGCUGGCACAGGAACGCCAGCGUGUCCAUGGCGGAUUUUAGCCUAGCUGUGGAGAACCAGCUGUCGGGGAACCUGCUGCGGAAGUUCAAGAGCAGCAACGGCUGGCAGAAGCUGUGGGUGGUCUUCACCAACUUCAGUCUCUUUUUCUACAAGUCGCAUCAGGAUGAUUAUCCUCUGGCCAGCCUCCCCCUGCUGGGUUACUCCGUCACCAUCCCCUCCGAGUCGGAGAACAUCCACAAGGACUACGUCUUUAAGCUGCAUUUCAAGUCCCACGUCUACUACUUCCGCUCGGAGAGCCAACACACCUUCGAAAGGUGGAUGGAGGUGAUCGGCAGCGCCACGGCCCCCUCAAGUCGGCUCCGGAACGGCAAGGACUCGCACUGAGUCAGCCUCUUUUGAGGUUUUUGUUUUGUUUUGUUCUCACGGUGACACGUCCGCUGGUUUCGACUGCAUCACAGACUGCUUUUCUCUUUUUGCCAUUGUUUUUUUUACAGCUCAGCUCUUUUUUACAGGAUGUCCCUUUCUACCGUUUUUUAGCAUUUAGAGCCACUUCCAGUUCCUGGUUGUCUUUUUUUUUGGGUUAGUUUUUUACAGCAGAACCAUGUGGAUGUUCUCUCUUUGGCGGUCCUCACUUUGUUGGUUUUCACUUUACACAUUCCGAUCAAUAUUCUCCUGGACUUUAUAAUGCAUUUUUUUUAUUUUUAUUGUUUGAACGUCGACGCCAUAACAUCCAAGCUACCCUUUAAAAGUCUGGCUUUUUUUGUUUUGUUUUGGACAAAAUAGGAUUUUGUUUUGGGUAAUUUUCAAACGAUCGACGCCAGUACCAUUCUUAAAAAAUUAUAUUUAAACUUAAACCCCGAUUUUGCAUUUUUGAAUCAAGGGAAUGUUUGCAGCUGUAGUCAUGUAAAAACAACAAAAAAUAAGCUUUAAAAGUAAUGUUUUUUUUGGGGGAGGGGGUAGUUUUUUACAGCAGAACCAUGUGGAUGUUCUCUCUUUGGCGGUCCUCACUUUGUUGGUUUUCACUUUACACAUUCCGAUCAAUAUUCUCCUGGACUUUAUAAUGCAUUUUUUUUAUUUUUAUUGUUUGAACGUCGACGCCAUAACAUCCAAGCUACCCUUUAAAAGUCUGGCUUUUUUUGUUUUGUUUUGGACAAAAUAGGAUUUUGUUUUGGGUCAUUUUCAAACUAUAGACAACGGUGCCAUUCUUAAAAAUUUCUAUUUAAACUUCAAUCUCGAUUUUGCAUUUUUAUAUCAAGGGAAUGUUUGCAACUGGUAGUCAUGUAAAAAGAACAAAAAAUAAGCUUUAAAAGUAAUGUUUUUUUUGGGGGAGGGGGUAGUUUUUUAUAGCAGAACCAUGUGGAUGUUCUCUCUUUGGCGGUCCUCACUUUGUUGGUUUUCACUUUUAGUACUAAACACAUUCCGAUCAAUAUUCUCCUGGACUUUAUAAUGCAUUUUUUUUUUUUAUUAUUGUUGAACGUCGACGCCAUAACAUCCAAGCCACCCUUUAAAAGUCUGGCUUUUUUUGUUUUGUUUUGGACAAAAUGGGACUUUGUUUUGGGUCAUUUUCAAACUAUCGACGCCGGCACCAUUCUUAAAAAAUUAUAUUUAAACUUCAAUCUCGAUUUUGCAUUUUUGAAACAAGGGAAUGUUUGCAGCUGUAGUCAUGUAAAAACAACAAAAAAUAAACUUUAAAAGUAACGUUUUUUUGGGGGGUGGGGUAGUUUUUUACAGCAGAACCAUGUGGAUGUUCUCUCUUUGGCGGUCCUCACUUUGUUGGUUUUCACUUUUAGUACUAAACACAUAUUCCAAGCAAUAUUCUUCUGGACUUUAUAAUGCAGUUUUUUUUUUAAUUGUUGUUGAACGUCGACGCCAUAACAUCCAAGCCACCCUUUAAAAGUCUGGCUUUUUUUGUUUUGUUUUGGACAAAAUGGGACUUUGUUUUGGGUCAUUUUCAAACUAUCGACGCCGGCACCAUUCUUAAAAAAUUAUAUUUAAACUUCAAUCUUGAUUUUGCAUUUUUGAAUCAAGGGAAUGUUUGCAACUGGUAGUCAUGUAAAAAGAACAAAAAAUAAACUUUAAAAGUAAUGUUUAUUUGGGGGGAGGGGGUAGUUUUUUAUAGCAGAACCAUGUGGAUGUUCUCUCUUUGGCGGUCCUCACUUUGUUGGUUUUCACUUUUAGUACUAAACACAUAUUCCAAGCAAUAUUCUUCUGGACUUUAUAAUGCAGUUUUUUUUUUAAUUGUUGUUGAACGUCGACGCCAUAACAUCCAAGCCACCCUUUAAAAGUCUGGCUUUUUUUGUUUUGUUUUGGACAAAAUGGGACUUUGUUUUGGGUCAUUUUCAAACUAUCGACGCCGGCACCAUUCUUAAAAAAUUAUAUUUAAACUUCAAUCUUGAUUUUGCAUUUUUGAAUCAAGGGAAUGUUUGCAACUGGUAGUCAUGUAAAAAGAACAAAAAAUAAGCUUUAAAGGUAAUGUUUUUUUGGGGGGGGGGGGGGGUAGUUUUUUACAGCAGAACCAUGUGGAUGUUUUCUCUUUGGCGGUCCUCACUUUGUUGGUUUUCACUUUUAGUACUAAACACAUAUUCCAAGCAAUAUUCUUCUGGACUUUAUAAUGCAGUUUUUUUUUUUUAUUGUUGUUGAACGUCGACGCCAUAACAUCCAAGCCACCCUUUAAAAGUCUGGCAUGUUUUGUUUUGUUUUGGACAAAAUAGGAUUAUGUUUUGGGUCAUUUUCAAACUAUAGACAACGGUGCCAUUCUUAAAAAUUUCUAUUUAAACUUCAAUCUCGAUUUUGCAUUUUUAUAUCAAGGGAAUGUUUGCAACUGGUAGUCAUGUAAAAAGAACAAAAAAUAAACUUUAAAAGUAAUGUUUAUUUGGGGGGAGGGGGUAGUUUUUUAUAGCAGAACCAUGUGGAUGUUCUCUCUUUGGCGGUCCUCACUUUGUUGGUUUUCACUUUUAGUACUAAACACAUAUUCCAAGCAAUAUUCUUCUGGACUUUAUAAUGCAGUUUUUUUUUUUUAUUGUUGUUGAACGUCGACGCCAUAACAUUCAAGCCACCCUUUAAAAGUCUGGCAUGUUUUGUUUUGUUUUGGACAAAAUAGGAUUGUGUUUUGGGUCAUUUUCAAACUAUAGACAACGGUGCCAUUCUUAAAAAUUUCUAUUUAAACUUCAAUCUCGAUUUUGCAUUUUUAUAUCAAGGGAAUGUUUGCAACUGGUAGUCAUGUAAAAAGAACAAAAAAUAAGCUUUAAAAGUAAUGUUUUUUUUUUGGGGGGGGGGGGUAGUUUUUUAUAGCAGAACCAUGUGGAUGUUCUCUCUUUGUCGGUCCUCACUUUGUUGGUUUUCACUUUUAGUACUAAACACAUAUUCCAAGCAAUAUUCUUCUGGACUUUAUAAUGCAGUUUUGUUUUUUUAUUGUUGUUGAACGUCGACGCCAUAACAUUCAAGCCACCCUUUAAAAGUCUGGCAUGUUUUUUUUUGUUUUGGACAAAAUAGGAUUUUGUUUUGGGUCAUUUUCAAUAGAUCGACGCCGGUGCCAUUUUUAAAAAAUUGUAUUUAAACUUCAAUCUCGAUUUUGCAUUUUUAAAUCAAGGGAAUUUUUGCAACUGUAUUCAUGUAAAAACAACAAAAAAUAAGCUUUAAAAGUAAUGCUUGAAACUAAAUACAAACUUUUUAACUGCAGUUCUGCCCUUCUUUGAGCCACUGUCUGAAGUAGCUCUUUUUUUAGGUGCCAAUGAAAGGAAAUAUGCAUUUGAUAACAUUUAAGUGGAGAUCGAUGCAAUGCCAAAUGUCUGCUCUUGCUUGGAGAUCUUUGAAAAUUUAUUAAAAAAAUUAAAAAAUA